AUGAAUUCUCCAUACGUAAUAUUAAGAAGGAAUGAUAAUUCUGCAAGUUCCACUCCAACCACAACCGAAAUUACAACCACAACUUCAACCACCUCCUAUAAUCCAUCAUCAUCUGCAUCCUCUUCAGGUAAUCCCAAUUCCAAUAAUCCUAAUUAUAAUAGCUUUGUAGGUAAUACUCCUUCAACUGUGUUAUUCUUCUUGGCUUUAGCAGUUGGGGUAUUCAUUGCGUUAUUAUUUGUAUUUUUCACUAUUAGAUAUUUCAUAAGAUCAAAGUAUGGUUUACAUGUUUAUCCUUUAACUAGAAGACAAUUAUUAAUGGGAUCAUUCUUACCUCCUCCACCUCCCAAUAAUCCAGGGGCUAUGACAGCUACGAUUGAACCAAGAUCAGGAUCAAGAUCACCUACUACAGGUGAUGCCACAGAUACUACACCAUCAGAUCCUUUAACUGCUGCUGAUAAUUUAAUUCGAGAACAAUUGGAAUUAAUCCGUCAAAAUUAUGGAUUUGAUCAUUAUGUAGUGGAAGAAAUUGGUAGAAAUAGAAGAAGAAUGAUAGCUAGUAGUAGAGGUGGAAUGAGAAUGGCAGGAGGUCGUAAUGCAUUUGGUCCAUCAUUCAUUGGAAGAAGAACAGGUCGUAGAGGUCGGUAUUCAAGAAUGAAAAAAUUAACUGAAGAACAAUGUGAAAUUUUAUUUCCCAAGAAAUCUUAUCAUGAAUGGUUAAAUGGUGGUAAAGAAGAUGAUGCAGAAAAUAGAGCCGGUAAUUUGAAAGAACAACUAAAACUAGAAGAAGAUGAUGAAGAAGAGACUAGAGCUGCGCAAACUGUCGUUACUGAUGAAUCUGAUGAUAGUAAUUCUUUACAUACUGCAAAUACUGCUACUCCACCACCCGCCCCUCCACAACCACUUCACGAAAGUGCGCCUAAUAAUAGUGAAUCAAUUGAAAUGAAAGAGAUUUCAGUGAAUCAUAACGAAAAUGAAAUCACCCCUCAACAAGAAGACAAUACCGGUACACCCACAGAAGAAGGUAGUUCAUCUAAGAUUACUGGAGUUGAUGAUGUACAUUAUGAUUCCGGAUCUUGUGCUAUUUGUCUUGAAGUGUUAGAAGAUGAAGAUGUGGUACGUGGAUUAAUCUGUGGUCAUGUAUAUCAUGCUGAAUGUGUUGAUCCAUGGUUAAUCAAACGUAGAGCUUGUUGUCCUAUGUGUAAACGUGAUUAUUUAUUCAAACGUGAUAGUCAAGCCAUUAUAAAUGCUCAAAAUGGUACCACUACUGAAGGUACUAACGAAGAAGAUAUCGAUGAAGAAGAUGAAGAGAGUGGAGUGGAUGAAGUUGUUAGUAUUGAUUUAGAAGAAUUCAGAAAUGAUCCUGAAUUAAGAGCAAUCUUACAUGAAUUAAUUCCUAUCGCAGAAAGAGUUUCAAUCAUCUUAAGUGAAGAACUGUUAUCUCAUCUUAAUUUAUCAGAAAGAGCUACUGAAAUUGCCAAAAUCAAAUAUGGUAAUAUUUUUAAAAUGUUGAUUUGGAGAUUAAUGGGAAUCUCCAAAAAGGAUUUAUAUAAUUGGGCUGUGGUUGAUUUAUAUCGUCAAUAUAGAAGAGAACAAAAUGCAGCAACACUUGCAGAAGCUGAAGCUGCUGAGGGAGCCACUGCUACUGAAGGUGAAACUCAAGAUGGAGAUGUUGAAGCCAAUGCCGAAGGUGAAACCAACGAGCCAGCUGAACAAACUGAUGCUAAUGAUACACCCGUGUUAACACCACCUGAAGCUGAUAUCACCGAUUUACGUAUCACAAAUUCAGUAUCUCCUACAAACGUUGGAGAACCACAAAUCAGUCCAGAGACCACAAGAGACGUUGUUGAACAAAGGGUAUAG